CUUCCCCAAUUCUCUCUUUCGUACGUUUUCUCUGUUAUCGCAAGUCAGCAGAGACCGAGAGCUCGUUUUGGGGGUGGAGAUGGGACUAAACUGCUCUCAUGGCUCUGCCUCUCCACCGCAUUCCCUCUUCUCCUGUCAUUCGCUUCGCCUCGCCCCUUCAUAAAUAUCCUGGCAACUUCAUCUCGUUUGUCCAAGUACCUAAACCGCGCCAAACGACAUGCACUAUUCUACUCUACCGGUUGAAGCUACGGUGCCCAUGCUCGUUAGACAUUUCUGGGGUUCUCGGCAGCUCGACUCGUCGCCCGAGAAAGUCGUGUAGCACGCUUAGGGGACAACGUUGUCUCAUACGGCCAUUGGUUCUACUGGCGAAACUCAGUAAUUGGUUGAAACACGAGAAGGGGGCGUAUGGCAUUAAUCACGUAUUCCAUUUUUCUACAAAUCGGAAGGCCACCCAAAGGAGGUUGGCAUGGUCAAUACUUGGCGCCGAGACACUAGCGGCCAACCAGCGUUCCCGUGGCCGUGGUAGGGAAGACGCACCGGGGCGCGUCUGAAGAAAAUGUCCGGUCUCUCUCUCGUUUCCUUGCACGUGCUCGCGUGCAUUUCCAGUUUCGGGCCCUUGGCUUAUUGUAAAGUGGGUCG